UGCAUUAUCUAAUAUGCUGAGGUACAUAUCUAACGAGAUCAAACAUACACAGACCAUGAGCUCCAGUGAAAGUUCAUCUGAUACAGACAACACAACAGUAGAAGAACCUCAGGCGUUCAAUUUGUGGCAAGAUCAUGCAAAAUUUGUUCAACAAUCCACCAGUCAUAAAUCCCAUAGAGGAAGAGGACAGUUACUGGAGAAUAGUGGAUUUCCCUCCGAAUUAAAUUUAUAUCUAAAAAGUAGCCAUGCCAGACUGUCGGAUGAUCCUUUACUUAUAUGGAAGGAUAUGUGCAAAGUUUAUCCAAUUCUAUCAAAGAUGGCAAUUAAAUAUCUAGUACCUGUUGCGACGUCUGUCCCCAGCGAAAGAUUAUUUUCUAAGGCAGGAUUAACUUUAAGCAAACAACGGAAUCGAUUAACAUCCAAUCAUCUAAAUCAACUCUUAUUUUUACAGUCUUUAGACGACACUCUAUGGUUAGGUUAGUCAAUUAAUAAU